AUGUACACAGUGUCAAAAGGACCUAGUAAAAUAGUUGCGAAAACUCGUAGAGGAAUAAGCCAAAAUCUUGACAGACUUGAUAGCUUAAGGGAUCUUACCAGAAAAUCGGAUCCUUCUGAAAAAGAAUGCGAUGAUGAAAUCGACCGUCAUGCCCCAAAACCUGUUUUCAACGUUAACGGCAAAUCAAAAAUUUCCUCACAAAGACAUAGGAUGCAAGAGGUCAUUACUCCUCAACACGAGGAACUAAUUAAGUUUGUCUAUGAGUCUUGGAGUCAAGUAGGGUGUACAGCCAACGGCCACGAGGACUCUCAUAACUCUGAACACCAACAACAACAACAACAACAACAACAACAACAACAACGACAAGGAGGAGAUUUAAUAACGUCUUUGUAUUACAACGAUGGUGAACCAAAUGACGUUCUUCAAGACUUCAAACCAUUCGACCUGGAGUCUUGGUGGGGCAAAAGAUUGUUCAACAACAUCACAAAGUCUCUUUAA